CGGUAGCGAACUCGCCUGUUCUCUGCCCGAGGCGGCUGCGCGGCUGCGAGCGCAAAGAAACUAAAAACAGUGAAAAGCCUGCAUGGUUUUCGCUUCAGAUAAGGGAACAUGUUCCUUCUCCCCUGAGCACGUGGAAGGCUGGCUGCAACAACUCGAGAAAAGGAAUACGCUUUGGAGAAGAGUUAAUCUUGUAACUGGAAUUAAAAAGAGCAAGCAGAUGAGAGAGGGCGCGAUUUGAAAUGUUAGGAGAAGAAAAAUGGUUAUAGCAGUGCUGCUGUGUUUCUUUGUCAAAGUCUGUCAUACUCACUAAAACUGUCAGAAAGUGGAAUAGAUGUUGGUUCAUGAUGUCAAAUUUCAAGCAGUCAUUUGGCACCAUUGUUACUGUGCAAUGGUAUAAUGUAACCUUGGGGCACACUUCUUACUGUGUAUCCUUUGUGGUAGAACCUUAAGGAUGUGUUUGCAGCAUUAAAUUAAUUCAGUCCUGGUAAACGAAAGCGCUGUUUUAAAAAGUCACUUAUUUGAGUCUCGAGGGCAAAAUCCAAUUGCUGGGAGAAGGGUGUUUUGUAUAAGGAAACACAUUAAGUAACUAGCUGGACACUAAGUUUCACAAUGUUUCUGAUGUAAGCUGCGAAAGCCUUGGUAGCUGGUUUUAAGCAAGUGCUGGGUCAAACCCGGAGCUGUGUUAUCUGUAGCCUUGAAUCCGGAGUUGCUUUGGCUUUGCAGUUGUCACUGGUGUGCACGUUGUACCUGCUGCCAGCUCAGCUGAGCCCUGGCUGUGCUGAGCAGCAGAUCGCAAGGGGCCAGGGGUAAAUAGUCUCUUCUGCUUAUUCAGACUGAGAUGCUAAUGAGGAUACUUGCUGGUACACUCAUUUUUUUGGGAUAUGAACAGCUGUCAGCAAAAAACUUGAAUGGGAUCAACUCAUGUCUCAUAGACCAUAAAAUGGCCAUCAGAUAUCACUAACCUGAUGGAAGUAUCAGUUGGGGUACAGUAAACACAGUUGCCCUGGCAUGCUCUCAGCACUAAUGUCAGUCUUUACAGUGAGGGGUUGGAAACCCCUUUUUUUUCAAAAAUACAUUAACCUUUAGGCUUAGAAAACUGUGUAGCUAUUAAAAAAAACCAAAACCAAACCAAAAAAACACUGAAUAUAGAUUACUUACGUGUGCAUGUCACACCAGAAAUGCUUCUCUUUCAGGUCAUGGAGGUCGGGUGAUACUGUCAUCAGUGCCCAAAUGCUUAGGGAGAAAGCAGCGAGUGGCAGGAGUGGAAGAAGGGAGUGAGAGCAGUGUGAGGGGGGAUGGUUCUGUUACUGGCAGAGGGCAAACACCGAGGCGGCAGGCACUUGGCUUCUUGUGGUGUUCUGAUGACCAGAACUUCUCCUUUGCAAGUACCUGUAACGAGCCAGACUUUUUCAAGGAAUUUCUUCAACAUUGCUGCACCACUAGUAAAUAAAAGAAAAGAAUAUUCUGAAAGAAGAAUUAUAGGGUAUUCUAUGCAAGAAAUGUAUGAAGUUGUUGCUGUUGUGGAGAAUUACAAACUGUUUGUUCCUUGGUGUAAAAAGUCAGACAUACUCUCGAAGCGCUCUGGGUACUGCAAAGCACAGCUGGAAAUAGGAUUCCCUCCUGUAGUAGAGAACUACACAUCAGUUGUUACCCUAGUGAGACCACAUUUAGUUAAGGCAUCGUGCACAGACGGCAAACUAUUUAAUCACUUGGAAACAGUGUGGCGUUUGAGCCCAGGUAUCCCUGGAUAUCCAAGGACAUGUACACUGGAUUUUUCAGUUUCUUUUGAAUUUCGUUCACUUCUACACUCAAAACUUGCUACGCUGUUUUUUGAUGAAGUGGUAAAGCAGAUGGUUGCUGCCUUUGAAAGAAGAGCAUCCAAACUCCAUGGCCCAGAAACCAGCAUACCUCGGGAGCUGAUGCUCCAUGAAGUUCAUCAGACGUAAAGGGACAACUGUAACCACCUCAUUUACAACCUUGUUUGUACACUUCAUUUGUACUAAGUGCCGUGCUCCACCUUUGGGGCAUCUAUU